AUGAGGUUCAGUCGAUCCGAUGAAGAGAAUGAGCCCCUCAUAUCCCUACAGAGCAAAGGCCCUUGUACUUUGAGCCCUACCAGUAUCGGUUAUGACGAUGAUAUGGGCGGGACGGGCCGAUUUUUUGAAUCAAACUGGGCGCGCUUUCGCCAACCCUCGCCAGCAUGGAUCAUCUGCCUCUAUUCCAUUUACGUUAUGGUUUUUGGCAUCUUGACUGUCCCCGAGCUCAACUCAAUAUUCGUUUUGAUAUGUCACCAGCAAUAUUCCGAGUCAGAAAACAAUUUGAAGAAUCCCAUAGGGCAAUCGGAAAGCAAAGGCCCGGAUCUUUUCAAGGAGCUUAAUAAUUGUCUUGGCAACGAGCAUGCACAAGUCCAACUAUCGCAGUUUUUACUCUACAGCGAAAUGACGUCCGGUCUUCUCGGUGCCCUUUCGACGCCAAUAUUGAGCUCUCUAUCGGAUCGGAUCGGUCGCAGGCGAAUCCUUGCUUGUACCGCAGUAGGUCCGCUUAUAAAAGAAGUCUUGCUUCUCUUUCUGCUAUGGUAUCCCGAUUCUAUAGAUGUCUACUGGCUUCUCGUUGGAUACGCCAUUGAGGGCCUCAGUGGUGGGCUUAUAGUCUCGAUAAGCACGUCGCAAGCAUAUAUUGCCGAUCUCGUUCCUCUUAAAGACCGUGCAAAACUAUUUGGCUAUCUACAAGCUGGCUUAUUCUGCACUUUGGUACUAGGUCCUAUCAUUGCGGGUGUGCUCCUUACAACUUUCGGCUCUUUCCAAUUCAUAUUUGAGAUCGCUGCUUGCAGCCAUUUACUGCUCGUCUUGACCUUCAGCUUUAUCCUGCCGGAAUCACGCCAGAAGCAUUCCACUGGCAGUCACAUGGCUGAUACAGAGCAGCGCUCAGGCGAAAGCACAAUUCAGUCGAUAUGGUCAUCGUUCGAGUCGAUUCGUGGAUCAAGUAUCUCACGACGAAGAAACAUGGCUGUUCUAGCCUUUGUGGAUUUUGUCGUCUUUGGUAUUUACCUAGGCAUCUCCCCGCUUCAACUGGCGUAUCCAGGAUAUCUAUUCCACUGGACACCAGCCAUACAAAGUGUAGUGAUGGCCUUGACAUCAUCUUGGAGUGUCCUCGUCCUAAUAGUGAUAUUCCCCACGGCAAUGAUGCUUGUGCGUCGGUGUGACAGGCAGGCUUCCGGUAUCCCUCUGCUAAAAUUUGGAGAAAUGGGUGCUAUUAAAUUCUGCCUAAUGCUCCAGGUCCUGGGUUACAUUGGCAUUUCUUUAGCUCCGACCCCUGGCGCUUUCAUUAUCUCGUCUCUAGUUGUUGCAUCCUCUGCUCCUAUAUCUCCUCUUUUAACAUCAUGUCUCACCGCGUACGUGUCCGAUGACCAAAUAGGACAGCUACUUGGAAUUUUGAGCUUUCUACAUGCGAUUUCCCGGAUUGUCAUGCCUGCUGUGAUGAAUGCCAUUUACAGCAGGACCGUGGGUAUUUUACCAGCGCCGCUUUUCAUAGUUCUGGCAAUCUUUCAGGGCGUUUCAUUACUGGCAACAAUGGGGGUCAAAGCAAAUGUUGUUAAUUAG